UCGUUCACUUCCUGCUUCCUGACAGCUGCACAACACUGGCAGCAGAAGCUCACUUGUUCUCCGGGUUUUUCUCUCUAAUUUGGCUCCUCUGUCUCCGUGUCCUCCUGUCCGUCUGUCCGUCUGUCCUCUGGUCUCUGUCACGUCUCCAUGCGCGCUCCCGUGUGCGCGGCGCUGUUGUUGCUGCUGCUGAGCGAUGCGGCGACUCAUCAGUUCACUGACCAGGAGAUGGCUGCUGUCAGGCAGCGCAUCAAGUCCAUGUUCUACCACGCCUACAACAGUUACCUCGACAACGCCUUCCCCUACGACGAGCUCCGCCCACUCACCUGUGAUGGACAAGACACCUGGGGCAGUUUCUCUCUCACUCUGAUUGAUGCCCUCGACACUCUGCUGGUUUUGGGAAACCGUACAGAGUUUCAGCGUGUAGCAUCACUUCUCCAAGACACUGUGGACUUCGACAUUGACGUCAAUGCAUCUGUGUUUGAAACCAACAUUAGAGUGGUGGGUGGUCUGCUGUCGGCCCACCUGCUGGCAGGGAGGGCAGGGAUGGAGCUGGAGCCUGGUUGGCCUUGUUCAGGACCACUGCUGAGGAUGGCCGAGGACGCCGCCAGGAAACUACUGCCUGCAUUUCAGACUCCUACUGGGAUGCCGUACGGUACGGUGAACCUGCUGCACGGCGUCAGUCCCACCGAGACACCUGUCACCUGCACUGCCGGCGUGGGAACCUUCAUCCUGGAGUUUGCUAUGCUGAGUCGAUUAACUGGAGACCCGACGUUUGAGAAUGCAGCCCGCCGAGCUCUGAGAGCCCUAUGGAAGACCAGAUCUGACAUCGGACUGGUGGGGAACCACAUUGAUAUCCUGUCUAAAAAGUGGGUGGCUCAAGAUGCUGGGAUCGGAGCGGGUGUCGAUUCUUACUUUGAGUAUCUGGUGAAAGGAGCCAUCAUGCUGCAAGACGAAGAGCUGCUUAACAUGUUCCAGGCUUACGAUCAAGCCAUUCAGAACUACACUCGUUUUGACGAUUGGUACCUGUGGGUGCAAAUGCAUAAAGGAACAGUGUCCAUGCCUGUUUUUCAAAGUCUGGAGGCCUUCUGGCCCGGCCUGCAGUCUCUCCUGGGAAACCUGGACAGUGCCGUCAGAACAUUUCAGAACUAUUAUUCGGUGUGGAGACAGUUUGGAGGUCUGCCGGAGUUUUAUAGCAUCCCCCAGGGUUACACUGUGGAUAAGAGAGAGGGAUACCCGCUGAGGCCAGAGUUAAUAGAGAGUGCCAUGUACCUGUUCAGGGCCACAGGCGACCACACCUACCUCCAGCUGGGCUUCGACGCUCUGGAGUCCAUCGAGAGGAUCGCCAAGACGCCCUGUGGAUAUGCCAGCGUUAAAGACCUGCGAGAUCACCAGCUGGACAACAGGAUGGAGUCCUUUUUCCUCGCUGAAACCAUAAAAUACCUCUACCUGCUCUUUGACCCCACCCACUUCCUGCAUGGCGGAGGGACGGAGGGCGACGGUUCCUGGGAGGAAGGCGGUGAUGGGGGGCAGUGUGUUUUAGGGGCUGGGGGGUUCAUCUUCAACACAGAAGCUCAUCCUCUGGACCCAGCGGCGCUCUACUGCUGCAGCCGCCACGCCCAGGACCAUCAGGAGCUCCGAGACAUCCUGCUCAGCCUGUCACAGCCCGACGGUCGAUCAAAACCGCCUGCCAAGCAAACAGAAGACCCUCCACCCAACCCGUCAGACAGCAUUGCUCUGAAGCCAGGAGAAAAGAGGACGCCUCCACUGCUGUCCUGCCCCGUUCAGCCAUUCAACGCUCGGCUGUCCAUCUUUGGACAGGUGUUCACCGACAACACCUGACACUUCAGGAUCACCUCUCAAUGACUUUAUGAGGCCCUGACGCAUGAUGGCUCAUUGGUUUAAAAGUCCACAUUUAUUCACUGUCACAUGAAAAGUCAGGUGGUUUUCAAAAAUGACCACUUUUUACGAAAGGCCAACAGGAUGAAUUAAAAAAUCUGUUGGAGUUCUGAUGCUCCAGUUUUGAUCCAAGAGAUUCACCACUAUCCAGGAUGCUGGUUUUGAGCUUUGACUGUAGCUGGGACCAGUGAGACCUGAACUCAGAUUUGCUUUGCCGACACUGUUUUAACUUAAACUGAUAGUAAAGUAUAUUUUUAUUUAUUAAAAAUGUUUUGUAAUUUUA